UGGAUUUCUCAACAGACUCUCUGCCAUAAACUGCAGACAAGAUGCAUGGACUGAACACAGAGGCAGUCUGAGGAAUCCGAGCCUGUCUGAGAGAAAUAUUUUAGGUCAUUCCUGAAGUGAAUCAGGGCCUUGAGGGUCCUUUACUUAAUUCUGUCUCGGGAUAGAAUUUUUUCUGUUUUUUUUUUUUUUGGUUGGGCCACCCUGCCACUAAAUGGUGUCCAUUAUAUUAUGAGCCAAAGACCUGGAAAUGUUCCCAAUCGCACCCUCUACCACCCAAGAGAAAGUACUGGCUCCUGGAAUUCCCAUAAAAAUGGAAUACUUUUGGUCAGGUUGGCAUGGCUCUUACAAGGCCAGUCCACCUAGGAGGACCAGCCCAAGACUCGUGCUUGGCAUUAGCUUUUAGCAGGACUCAUCUGUUUAGGGGCUGGCCGGUGGAGUUGGCCCCGGGGGAUUGAGACACUGCACGUGGGAGUGAAAGCUUCGAAGGAGCAGUGGGGAAAGACAGAGACACUAGCAGCCUUGCCCUGGGAAGGCCCGGAGAGCCCCGGUACUAAGGGGGCAGUCUCUGAGCACGGAGAUCUGGAGACACGUCACCCACUUGACUCUGCGGAGGGCCAGCUCUUACUUGCCUCUAAGUGAUUUCAGACAUGUUUCAAAGCACAAAAUAAAACUUUCUUUUUUUUUAAGACUCUUAGUGAAUGUUCCUGUAUGUGUCCUAGGUUUUUACAGGACAAGGACAGUUUGGACACAUCUUGUCCUUGUCUGCACCCCCAGGACUGGCUGCACCCCGUGUCCCCCUCUCCCAGUGCAGCGACCUAUGGGCCUAGAAGGGCCCCCGCCAGACCACAUUCUGCUGGGCAGUCACGGGUGGCAGAAACUGCUGGCCUCUCUUUCGACAGCCCGCAGGAAACAUUUGCACCUCCAGCACUUUCUGCACAAAGCGCUCCAUGGGAGCAACACCCGGGGGUGGCUUAGAAGCUACGCUGCUUUGAACUUCAUCUUUCUCUACGGCCUCUGGGGGUGCAGUGAAAGACCCAAAGCUUCCUGCUGUCUACGUUCGCAUGUAGUUAUGGUGGGAGAAUUAAAUGAUACUGAAAAUUCUGGAAAUGAGGAGAAACAGACAAAAACUUCAGGCAUCAGGAAAAUGACAAGAGAGAAGAGUCUUUUAGGAGCAACUUUGAUCUACCUCAUGAGUCCAAGAUUUUUGAUUUAUGUAAGCUGUGCCUUAUCGAUGUGGGGAGACCGAAUGUGGCACUUUGCCAUGUCUGUGUUCCUGAUAGAAUUAUAUGGACAUAAUCUUCUUCUAUCGGCAGUGUUUGGCUUAGUGGUGGCUGGAUCUGUAUUAAUAUUUGGGGUCUUAAUUGGUGAUUGGAUCGACAGGAAACCAAGAAAUAAAGUUGCUCACGCCUCCCUCUUCACUCAGAACGCCUCUGUCACCGCCUGCUGCAUCGUCCUGAUGCUCGUGUUCUCCUACAGGAGGGAGAUGGAACAAAUCUGGCACGGCUGGUUGACGGUGGCCUGCUACGCGGUGGUGACCACGCUGGCAGCCUUGGCGAACCUAGCCAGCACCGCACUGACCAUCACCAUUCAGAGGGACUGGAUCGUGAGCCUCACGGGUGGCAACAGAGCCCAGCUGGCUGUGAUGAAUGCUACAGUCCGGCGGCUGGACCAGAUCAUCAAUAUAUUUGCUCCCCUUUCUGUGGGCCAGGUGAUGACAUGGGCAUCUCAUGUGAUCGGUUGUGGUUUCAUUCUCGGAUGGAACUUGGUUUCACUUCUUGUAGAGUUUCUAUUUCUGUCCAGGGUUUAUCAACUAGUUCCCCAAUUGGCUGUUAAACCCCAGCAACACACAGGGGGGAACUUCCUAGAAAGGCAACAGGAGGCUGUGAACAUUCAAGGGCAAAUGGACUCUUGGGAAACCACAGAUGGAUUCACCUACAAGCCCAGAACUUUGGAAAAGCCAAAGGACCACAAGUCUAGACUUAAAGGACAACAGGCCACAACCACAGGGUUUCCUCUUGGCCUUCGAAAGCUGCGGAGGCUGCUCCGCACGUGCCGUGAGGGGUGGGAAGCCUACCGCAGGCAGACCGUCUUCCUGGCUGGCUUGGGCCUGGCCUUUCUCUACAUGACAGUCCUGGGCUUCGACUGCAUCACCACUGGCUUCGCCUACACGCAAGGCAUCGGAGGCUCCCUGCUUAGCAUCCUCACGGCCCUUUCGGCUCUCUCUGGCCUGAUGGGCACAAUUCUCUUCACCUGGCUCCGGGGCCGCUACGGCUUGGUCACGACCGGCGUCAUAUCCAGCUGGCUCCACUUAGGCUGUCUAAUGCUCUGCGUGUUUUCUGUCUUCGCUCCUGGAAGUCCUUUUGAUCUGGCUUUUGUCUCACUUCACUUAAGCAAAAAUUCAUCUUCAAACCAUGAGUUGCUGAAGGAGGACCAGGUGCAUGUUUAUCCCUUCGAAAGGAACCUGAACCAACCCAUCCUCCCAGACCGUUCCUCCAUCCACUGGACCAACAGCACGGUUCUGUUUGACGGUCAGCAGCGCCCCGAGCCCCCCGAAUCUUACAUCUCCAUCAUCUUGCUCUUCUCGGGAGUGAUCCUGGCACGAAUUGGCCUCUGGUCCUUUGACCUCACCGUGACCCAGCUUCUCCAGGAGAACAUUCCAGAAGUGGAGCGAGGGGCUGUGAACGGCGUGCAGUGCUCCCUGAACUACCUCAUGGACCUCAUCCACUUCGUUCUCGUCAUGCUGGCCCCGUGGCCGCAGCAGUUUGGCGUGCUGGUCUUCAUCUCCAUACCUUUUGUGACCACAGGGCACAUGCUGUAUUUUUUUUAUGCAAGAAAGUGUAAGAUUAAAAACGCCCAUGCUUAGAAGACAAUGAAGAAAGGCACCUGGACGCCUUUAACCUGAGAGGUGAGCAGCGCCUCCGGCUUCCCAGAGCUCUAGGAACACCGGCCCCAUCUCACACUGACUGUUUCCAGGUGCCCACCUUGUGCUCAUUGCCACCUGGGAGAGCAAUUAUGUCACCAACUUUUGCUGGCAGCAUCCACUGCGUUAAGUGGCAGUGGGGCUAGCCAGAGUUUGAAGGGGUCUGACUCAUGGCGCACCCAUUAAUUAAAGUCCGAGAUUCCACCCCAGACAAGAUGAAGGGGCUUGUUUUAAUUUUGCCAAUAUAAUAACUCAGUGUUUCAGGGUUUUUAUUGUUCUUUGGGUUCUAAAAUUAGAAUAUUCUGGUCAGUGUUAAAAUUAGAUCAGGCUGGUGGGGCAUGCUAUUUGGAUUCAAUCCUUUGAGUGUGGGGUUUUUGUUCCUCUGCUAGUUUUUGAAUGUUCUUUUGAUGAGCUAAGUGUCUCUAACGAGCACUGAAGCUAUUUGCUGGAGAAACAGAUCAUGAUCCAACCUUUGUGUGGUGUGUGGACUCUGGGCCAGGCCAGAAAUCUGGCAGUCUCACCGCUGCCUUGGCCCAGCUUCGCCUCAGUGAUCAAGCUGAGACCAGGUCUGGUUAAGAGGACCACAGGUCUGUGAUGAGUACAUUGUGAGUUUCUGGUCAUGCCUGUAAUCUUAGCACUUUGAGAGGCUGAGCUGGGAGGAUCACUUGAGGCU